CGGCCGUGUGUUUGGGGCGUAUGAUGUGUGUGUGGGUUUGGAAGGAAGAAAGGCGCAAUCGCAAUCUUGUCCAUAAAAGAAGGGAAGCGCAAGCGUCCUCGUUCGUCUGGACUGAAUAAGAAGAAGCAAAGGAUAAAUACGAAGCGGAACACUUGCACAUAGGGAGCUGCAUUUGCCAUUAUGUUUGGAAUAGGGUCGUUUCAGCCCUUCAGGAAUGAACCGUCGGUUCUACAAUUCUCUCGUCCGCCUUCGGAACAUGGGCGAGGUCAGGCGGCUACAGCUCAAGGCUCCCGUCAAGGCUCCCCAGUGGCCGUUUUCUGGGACUUUGAGAACUGUCCGCCUCCUCGUGGGCUUUCUGGGUAUGAUAUUGCGGAGAGUUUAAGAAGAGUUGCUCAUACUUGUGGACCUCUCACAUCUUGCAAGGCAUAUAUCGAAGGAUUUGAGAAGCAUAUGCCGAACAAGAGCCUACGUACGGAACUGCAAAGCUCUGGCAUUUCCCUCAUAGACUGCCCUGCCAACGGUGGGAAAAAUGUAGCGGACCAGAUGAUGAUAGUUGACAUGAUGGCGUUUGCGCUGGACAAUAGGCCGCCGGCCACCGUUAUCCUGAUUUCAGGAGAUAGAGACUUUGCCUAUGCACUCUCUACGCUCCGGAAUAGGCAGUACCAUAUCAUUCUCCUCACUGGGAAGCAAGGGGCUCACUUGUCACUAAAGGCACAAGCCCAUGAAGUCUUGGACUGCAGGGUAGAUGUCUUGAAGAUGGGUGAUAUGGCCAUGGACGAUGCUAGCACUGGCAAUGCUGGAAAGCAAAAGGGCCUGGACGGGCAACAGUCUGGUGAGAGUCCAAUAUCCGACGACCAUGCUAAAAAUGCUGCGAACCCGAAGGUGAUCCCCAGAAGCGCUUUUGAUCUGCCGGUGCAGUCCACUUGUGACGGGCAAAGUGGCACUGUGGUUGCAUCAUCUUUUGUGGCAUCACAAAGUGCCUGGAGGCAACAUGACGAUACUAUUUCCACUAUUGCAAAAGUAGCCUUCCCCCUGGGUUCCGUCCCUGCGUCCGUGCACCUUCUCGUCAAAAUUCUCAAUGAAUUUAAAUAUCGAGGGGACCGACGGCCCCUGCGGUCCAAAGUUGGACUUGCCAUCCUGGACAGAGAUCCACUGAUCUAUAUCGGUGAGGUGAAGAACUUUACGGGUCUCGCAAUGAAUGCGGAAAAGUUGGGACUCGUCCAAUUGGGGGGUGAGGAUGGGCAUGCAUGGAUUUCUUUACGUGGAGCCUAAGUCGUGACCAGAUAUAGCGCUCCACAAAGUCCAUCUCCAGAAGACUGUUACUGCUCAAUUUAGAGCAAUGCUUGCCUGUCUGAGGAAAAACACUUCACUUGUAUAUGUUGCUGUAAAUCAUCGUGGUGAUUAUAUGCUCAUUUGUAAAUCAUAGACUCACCCAAUUCAAAUAAUAUGUAUAGCUUCCUCAGGUGA